AAUGGCGCCCGGCUCUCACUCAGCCCCUGGGGCCGGUCUGUGAUUGGAGGGAAACCCCGUGCCGAGCGCCACUGACCCCCACGAGAAUCAGCUGUGCGCAGCAGUUAGCCAGCUUUCGCUUAACAACAGCAUCCUUCAUCCAUCACUCUCAUCCAGCUCUGAGCAGCCAUGGACAUAAUGGAACUAGUGCAGAAGGCCAAGCUUGCCGAGCAGGCCGAGCGUUAUGAUGACAUGGCUGCUGCCAUGAAGGCGGUGACGGAGGGCGGCAUCGAGCUUUCGAAUGAGGAGCGCAACCUGCUCUCGGUGGCCUACAAGAACGUAGUGGGCGCACGCCGCUCCUCCUGGAGGGUCGUCUCCAGCAUCGAGCAAAAGACCGAAGGCAGCGAGAAGAAGCAGCAGAUGGCCAAGGAGUAUCGUGAGAAGAUCGAGAAGGAGCUGAAGGAGAUCUGCAACGACGUGCUGGUUCUUCUGGACAAAUACCUGAUCCCGAAGGCAACCCCAGCCGAAAGUAGAGUCUUCUACCUGAAAAUGAAAGGCGAUUACUACCGCUACUUAGCCGAGGUAGCCGUGGGAGACGAGAAGCACUCCAUCAUCAUGAACUCACAAGACGCCUACAGUGACGCUUUUGAGAUCAGCAAGGCCGAGAUGCAGCCUACACACCCGAUCCGUCUGGGCCUGGCACUGAACUUCUCUGUCUUCUACUACGAAAUCCUCAACUCUCAGGAGCAGGCCUGCAAGCUAGCCAAAACGGCUUUUGAUGAGGCCAUUGCAGAACUUGAUUCACUCAAUGAAGAAUCUUACAAAGACAGCACGCUGAUCAUGCAGCUGCUGCGAGACAACCUGACACUGUGGACCUCAGACAACCAGGGCGACACCGAGGACGCCGAGGAAGGAAGAGAAAACUGAUCCUGCUGUCCGUCCGUCCUUCCACUGACAUCUGGCUUACAUCAUCCCAUCCACACUGAGAAUACCACAUCAUCCAGCUUCUGCCUCCUUUAGUUCGUCCUUUCUUUCUUCCUUCCUUUCUUCUUCGCUUGUUUUCCUUGUCACGGUCAUUAAUCCACCCAGGGAUCUGUCUGUAGGGAGGUAGGGGUAAAGGGAGGGAGGUUGAGGGGAGCUUUUUUUUGUGGGGGAAGGGAGAAGGUAGGGAGUGUCACUUGUCUGCUAGUGAGCUCAUUAGUGUCUGUGUGUAGGCGAGGGCAAGUUCUCAACUCCAAGUUCUGUCUUUUACAUUUGUAUAUCCUGUACAUCCAUUGGUCCCGGAGUUGGAGUGUUUGCCAUACUCAUUAUGCACAGCUGCAAUUUUUUAUAAGCGUUCUUUAAAAAAAAAAAAAAAAAAGAAA